AUGAAAUAAGAAGACAUUUAAUCUCCAUAAUUAUGUGAUAAUUUCCCUCCAAGACUUCCAAAUCCUAGGAGAUCAGCAAUAUUUAAAUAAGCAAAUCCAAUUAGUCUAACAAAACUAGAUACUAGGCUUUAAGAAAAGAAUGACAUGCUUGUUGCACAAAUCCAAAAAAUAGUUAAACAUAUGCCAUCAGAUGAUAAAUAAUUAAAAGCAGAAAGACAUAUUUAUGAUGCCUAUUAUUUGAGAACUAUUCGAAAUGAUAUUGAUUUGGCAGAUAGAGUAAUUUUAAAAUAUUUUUGGAUAAUUGAAAAUAGCAGAAUUUGGAGUGGAUUUCUUUUAACAUUGGCAAUAUUCUAUCAAGUCCUCACAUUCUUUGAAAAACCUUUUCCUGAAUCUAACUUUUAUGAAGCACCAGAUGUAGCCAAUAUUGAAUUAUUCAUAUUGAUAAUCAUUGGAUUUGAUUUCCUUAUUACUUUAAUUUUAUUGGCAACUAAAAAAAAUGAUGGAGGAUUUCAAUUCAACACUAAAAGAAUGGUCAAGAUGCUAUUCUUCUUAAUUUGUGUUACUGAUUUCAUUAAUUCGAAAGUUGACUAAACUCAAAUUAGAUUCAGUAGAUUAGUUAGACCAGCUUUCAUGAUUUUUUAUUCUAAAGAUCUUAGAAGAAAUCUUAAAGGAAUUGCAAAAGCAAGCAAAGAUUUACUAUUACUUUUUCUGCUUUAUGUUAUUAUUAUUUCCACUUUCUCUUUCAUAGGAAUCAAUUUAAUUGGAUCAUUAGAAAAUGUUGAUCUUGAAACUCAAGAUUAUGGAGAUUUCUUUAAAAUGUUUAAUAUGCUAUUCAUGGCUGCUACUUUAGAUUUCUAUCCAGAUAUUAUGAUUCCCCCUAUUUUUUAAGGUACUUUUUAUGCUGUCUUUUUUGUAAUAUACAUAAUCCUCUUUUUAUUUUUAUUUUAACCAAUACCUUUGGCUGUUGUGUAUGAAGGAUUUCGAAAACAUAGAAUGUAGAUUGCUAUUUAGGAUAUAAUAAAAUAAAAAUCUGCUAUGAUGGCUAGUUUCCUCUCUUUGGAUUCAAAUGAUGCUGGUUUUUUGACUGAAAAUCAAUUUAAAAAAUUUAUAAAAACAUUUUAUCGAGGAUAAUUAUCAGAUGAUGAAGUAAAAAUAAUAUUUUCAGAAAUCGACAAGGAUUUCAAGUAAUUAACAAUUAUCAAAUAGUGAUAAGAUUUAGUUUGACGAAUUUUAUCAAUUACUCUAUGUAUUAUAGAAUAGUAAGAAAAUUUCGUUGCCUCGAGCCAAACCAUUUAAAUGUUGGGAAUCAUUAAGAAAUUAUCUUAACAAACUUGGAUUAAAGUAGUUUGUUGAAUCUAAUGUAAUAAUAAAAUGUUAAUGAAAGAUGUUUGCGCUUUUUAUGUUCUUGGUUACAAUAACAAAUUGUGGUUUAAUAAUUUCUGCUUUUUUUGUAGAAAAUUUAGAAGUUUUGGCUAUAUUUGAUACAAUUGAUACUGUGUUUUUGGCUAUUUUCAUUUUUGAAUGCCUAAUAAAAAUAAUAGCAUUAGGAAUAUAUGAAUUUUUUUUGGAUGGAUGGUAUUAAGUUGCAUAAAUAUUAGGAAUGUUUUUGAUUUAACAUUAAUAUUUUUAUAGAUUCUAUUUGAUUAUAUUUUAUUUAGUUUUGUAACUGGAAACAUUGUUUAAUCAAUAAAAGCAAAUAGAAUUUUAAGAAUAGCAAAGAUAUAGAAAGUUUUUAGAUUAUUUAGAGCAUUUAGAUCUAUAAAAUUAGUAGGAUUUUUAUUAAGAGGAUUAGAAAUCUUUGGUCAUGUUAAAAAUUUAUUAUACAAGAUUAUAAUCUGUGUACCACUUAUUCUAAGAUUAAUCUUACCAGUAUAGAUAGUGUUUUUUACAUAUGCUUCAAUAGGUAUUUAUCUUUAUGGUGGAAUUGAAACAGAAGAUUAGAAUCCUUUUUCAAACAAUUCAUGUGAUCCAAAUGAAUUUCAAUAUUUAUGGGGUUCAUGUAAAUAUGCAGAUUUUAAUUCAUUGGGAGGAUCUUAUUUAAUGAUGUUAUAAGUAUUUACAGCAUCUUCAUGGGGAUAACUAGUUUUUGAACUCUCUUUUGAAACAGAAAAUUUAUUGAUUCCAAUGUUAUUUAUAGGUUCAUUUGUUUUUCUUUCAAUAUUUUUAUUAGCAUUGAUUGGAGGGUUAGUAUGGGAGGUAUUUACAGUAGUUUCAAAGACUUUAUUUGAAUAAGAAAUGGAACUUUGCAAACCAGAAGAAAGAGUUGCACUUUAAUUAAACUUUUAAGAUGAAGCACUUCUUGGUAGUAGUAUAGGAACUGAAUAUGAAAUGAGAAAUGGAACAUAAUUUAGCAAUGCUAUAUAAUUAUAAAAGAAAACUGCUAUUCUUAAUGAUGAUGAUCCAGAUAUCUUAGAAUUUAGACCAAGAAGUGUUGGAGUUAGAGCAAAUUAGGAUGAAAAAUUAGAAAUUCCUAUUGAAUUAGAUUUUCAAAUCGAAACAUAAGCAUAUAGUAAAAUACUUAGAGUAGGUAUUAAUCCUAAUUAAGUCAGUCGUAAAUUAAAACCAUAAGGUGAUUUAGCUUAAAUUGUUGAAGAUGAAUUACUUGAAAUACAGAAAUUAUAUUGCGAUUAUUUUAUUGAUUAUUAAGAAUUCUUAGAAAUUAAAUUUAUUAAAGAAUCUCAUAAUAUUUAUAAUGUUACAUCAGAAUAUGUAGUUCAUAUUAGAAAUGAAAUUAAAAAAGAUGAAAUGUUUAAAAGAAAACAUGUAAAUAUUUCUAAUCAUGAUUUAUUAAUUUAAAAUGCUGUUUUAAGAGAUACUAGUGAAAUGUAUAUUAAAUAAUAGGAAGAAUAAUAUUUUAAAACCGAAUAUGGUUAAAAAUUUGAAUUAAUUAAAGAACUCAAAUUUUAAAGUAAAUUUAAAGUAGAAAGUAAGAUAUUAUUUUCAUUAAUGGGUAUUUUAAAAUUCCCAAAACCUAACAUUAAAUAUUUUUUUUAAAUUCUUUAUUUAAUUGAAAAUUACUUUACAUAUUAACUAUUACCAGAUUCUUCAUUUUUUAAAUUAAUCCAUUAAAUGGAUGGAAAAUGGUAUUUAAUUAGUAUCGAAGAUAAUUAAAUUGUAUUUACUAAAUUAGGAGGAGGACCUUGGGCCUAUGAUAAUUUAUUAUUUGAUUAAAGUUAAAUGAGAAUAUGUGAAAAUUUAAAAUUCAUGAAAGAAAUUAAGAAUCCAGAAGUAAAAACUCAAAUAAAAGAGUUUCAAACUAGUAUGAAUAAAAUGGCUAAAUAAUUUGAUUUGGAAAUUACUAAAAUUGAUGUUCGUAGUACAAUUGUACUUUAUCAAAUAAAAAAUGAAAGAUAUGCUCCUCCUGAUUCUGUAACUCCAAGAAUGAAUGGUCAAAAACCUACAAUAAGUCCUAGAUAUUUAACAAUGAGUGCUAGAGCUGCUUAAUUAAGUUAACGCAAUGUAGAUGUCGAUUCUUUUAAUGAAGAUCACAAUCCUGAAGGCAUUUUUAAUCUUGGUGAUAAUGUUGAUGAAUGUCAUAGACAUGUUAGUCAAACUAUGAUAUUUGUUCUAUCUAAAAUACAAGCUUAAGAAAGCAGAAUUUUAUAUUAGAAUUAAGUUAUGUUGGCUUAAUUUGUUUUAGAUUUAGCUGGAGUUAUUAAAAACUAUUCUGAUAAUUUCUUUUAAUAAUUGGAGGAACUAUUUUCUUUGAGAAGUAAACAAAGAGGAAUCAAAUAAAAAUGA